AUGGCGUCCCAACAUCCCGUCCGCAACAUCCAGGCAUCCUCCGGGAGAAGUGCAGCGGUGGAGAGGAGAAAUCUGCUGACCGUGUGCAGGUUCUCAGUGAAGACCCUGUUGGACCGUUCCUGUUUCGAGACCAUAGACGACUCCUCUCCAGAGUUUAUGAACUUUGUCUCCAUCCUGGAAAACAUUCUCUGUCACAAAUUCAAAGGUCAGACAACAUGGUUUGGCUAUGAAAGUCCUCGUAGUUUCUGGGAUUACAUUAAAGUGGCUUGUAACAAAGUCCCUCAUAACUGCAUCCGAAGCAUCGAGAGUAUGGAGAAUGUGCAGUCGUCCAGAGCAAAGGGCAGAGCUUGGAUCAGAAUAGUUCUAAUGGAAAAAAGACUUGCAGAAUACAUCUCCUCUGCAUUAAGAGACCUCAGAAUCACCAGGAGAUUCUAUGAAGACGGGGCGAUUAUGUUGGGUGAGGAGGCAGCUUUGUUAGCAGACACACUCAUUGGCCUCAAUACCAUAGACUUCAGUUUUUGUCUGAAAGGCGAGGCUCUGGAUGGCAGUUGCCGCGCGGUCAUUGACUACACGCCAUAUUUGAAAUUUGUUCAGAGUGCAGACAGCAUCAGCAGUGACGAGGAGGAGAUGAGGACGAUGGGCAGCAGUGGCAGUGAAAGCAGCACUCCAGACAAAACCGCCACAGCCGCCUCCAUCUUCACUGAACAGAGCUCCCUGUUCAGCAAAUGCAAACGCUUUGAGCAGAAGUACCGCAUGGCUCUUGAACAAAAGAGUUACCUGGAGGAACUGGUACGGUUGCGAGAGGCUCAGCUGUCACAGGCUGUGUCCCAGAACAGAGCGCUGGAGCAGAGCCUGACAGACGCACAGCUCAGUCACACAAUGGACAAACAGCAGCUGGACUACAUCAUACUGGAGCUGCAGGACCAACUGACGAUGCUUAAAAACAACGACUUGCGGUCCAGACGGGAGCUGACAGCCCACCUCACAAACCAGUGGCCGUCUCCUCACGCCCUCGACACAAAUGCUGUCGCCUUGGAUACGUUGCUCUAUAAGAAAAGCAUUGGACAGUGGGAAAAGAGUACUUCUCAUAGUUUGAAGAAUUUACUGGAACCACCACAGUUUAAGCAUUUAGAAAGUCAGCCAUCAAGUGCAAAGUUAACCCAUUCUGAUACCAGUAAGUGAAGGCAGGGAUAUUUUGUGUGCAAUAAAACUGUGUCAAUGUCAGCCAGGUAGAAAAAAAAAUGCUUUUCUAAACAUAGUGUGUGGUUCCAACUAGUUUGCGCUUCGUGGUCAUAAGAAGCAACUGGAGCAUUGAAG